UUUGGAUGUGAAAAUAUGCUAAUUCAUUCAAUAUCAGGACUGUUAUUAAGUUUAAAAGUUAUAAAUAACCUAGUUAAGGUGUGCAUAGCGUGCCUGCUGCUGGUGGCAGACCUGUCGUGCCAGAUGGUGGCGGAGACCACGUCCUCCGAGGUCGAGGCGCAGGACAGCGAGCAGACCACCACGGAGAGCGGUAUGCCAACGGCAAGCAGCAGUACUACAGGGGAGUCAAAUAAUUGCACGACAGCACGUGCGGUGGCCGGUGCGUGCGUGCAGAGAGCAUCCUGUGAAUACAGCACGUUCGCUAUAGACUUCACUUUGUACGAGCCACACGGCUAUGUGAGACCAUGCCAGCCGGGGUUCACCUGCUGCCCGCUGCAGUACAUCAGCGAGGCCAAGGAUCCGGCUCCGAGCCAGGAAGUCAACUUCGAUGAAGACUAGUCUAAGGGCGUAUAUAGAGACCCCCUUGUUCAUAGAAAAGUUUUAGAACA